UAGAGAUGUUUUAUGGCAGUAUCUUAUUGUAUGUAUUAUUACACAGUCACCUAAAGCGACGCAUUUUUACAUGUAAAAGAAACUGAUGCUGUGUUUGCGUUUUUCUGCGUGGUUUGAUUAAAGCUCGUUCAAUGUCAGACAGGUUAUGAGAGUGAGUGAAAAGAUGGCAAGGUGCCGGAUCCCUCUUGUACUGCUGGCCUGUGGCUCCUUUAAUCCAAUCACAAACCAGCACAUGAGACUGUUUGAGCUGGCCCGAGACCACAUGCACAGCACAGGGCAGUACAAGGUACUAGAAGGCAUUGUGUCUCCGGUGAGUGAUGCCUAUGGAAAGCAAGGUUUGGUCCCGGCUAAACACAGAAUCGCCAUGGCGAAGCUAGCCCUACAGACCUCCGACUGGAUCAGGGUAGAUGAAUGGGAGAGCCAGCAGCCAGACUGGACAGAGACUGUGGUCACCAUGAGGUAUCAUUACAAUCGUAUUCUUCAGGAGUACCAGAAAAGCACAACAAUGCACAAGUUCUCAGAUGAUAAAAACCCCACUGUCACCUCAAAUCCAUCUAUCCAGCUGAAGCUUCUUUGUGGGGCAGAUUUUCUCGAUAGUUUUAGAACCCCAGGGCUGUGGUUGGAUGAGCACAUUGAAGAAGUGUCUGGUCAUUACGGCCUUGUCUGUGUGAGCCGAGGAGGACUGCACUCUGAAAGAACAGUGCACGAAUCUGACAUUUUGUCACGUCAUAGACAUAAUAUAUUUCUAGUAACAGAGUGGGUUAGGAACGAGUCCAGCGCCACAGAGGUCCGGCGGGCUUUGAGACGCAAUGCUAGUGUGAAAUACCUCAUCCCUGACUCUGUUCUACAAUAUAUUCACCAGCACAACCUCUACACACAGGACAGCGAGAAGAGGAACCAGGGCACACUGCUGAGGCCUCUCACCAAACAGGCCACAAAUCCAGUGAGCAGCUUGGAUGACUGAGCAGUGAGGGACAGAACACGGGAGAGCUUCAAGCAUCAGUGCCUCUCCUCAGGGACAGCAUCUAUUUAUUUCCACUGGACUGCACCGAGGAAAAGAUGUGAACGUUGCCAUCAGAAAAAUUGCCACUCUACUGAAACCGGACAAGGAAAUCACCCAUGACGGAGACCACAUAACGAUCAAAACCCUUAGCACUUUUAAGAACUACAACAUGGACUUCUAUGU